UGAAGAUGAAGAGGGGGCACAGACUGGUUAUCCCAGAAAUCCGGCCCAUGUUGUCCCAUGUCCUGGGGGACCUAUGUUGCAUCAUUUUCUGGGGGACCCUCUGAGGGAAGAGCCCAAUGAGGCAACCUUGGUGCCAGGACCCCUUCCAGGACUUCAUGUCCCCACUGAUAUUCUGGGGAAAGAGCUCAAUGAGGAAACCUCAAUGCUAGGAUCCCUUCCAGAACCUUGCGUCCCCACAGAUAUUCUGGAGAAAGAGCUCAAUGAGGAAACGUCAGUGCCAGGAUCCCUUCCAAGACCUUGCAUCACCAAUGACAUUCUGGGGGAAGAGCCCAAUGAGGCAACCUUGGUGCCGGAACCCCUUCCAAUACUUUGUGUCCCCUCUGACAUUCUGGGGAAAGAGGUCAAUGAGGAAACCUCAAAGCCAGGACCUCUUCCAGGACCUCACAUCACCAAUGGUAUUCUGAGAGAAGAGCUCAACGAGGCAACUUCAGUGCCAGGAUCUCUUUCAGGACCUCUCAUUUCCACUGAUAUUAAAGCAGCUUUUGUGUCAGAGCCCUUACCAGAGCCCUCCAUUGCUGACAAUUACCUUGAGCAAGAAGUAGAAAUCCUCAAAGGAUUACAGGAUGACUAUGUCCAGCGGCAAACAAGGGUUCGCCGCAUUUCCCAGCAGUUCCCUCGCUCUCUCCGGGCCAUCAACCUGCAAAUUGGACACACGCGGACACGGCUCAUCCGCUGCAGCGGUGGGGAAAGGAAGGUACUUUGCAGCACACCCCUGAAGUUGCUGCUGGGCUAA